AUGGACAAGUUAGAAAAGUACCGUGUCCAAUGGUGGAAUCAAGGUAACCUUCACCCCAUGGCAGAAUGGGAUGAAAUAAAGCUCCCAUAUAUUCUUGUGAAAGAUGUGACUAUUGAUAAAUAUGAAGAAUGUGAUGUGACAAUUUAUGAAUUACCAUCACAAGCACAUGAAGUUUGCAUUGGUGCAAUUGUUAAACUAAUGAUGAAACAGUGUAGUCCUGCUGAUGAGACAGAUGCUGAGAUUUAUAGCUUUGGGGCAACUAGAACCCGUGCCAGUGGUUUUAGUAAAGAAUCUAAUCAAUCAUUUCGCCCAAUGAAACCUACAGUAAUCUCACCAUAUGGGAGCAAUGGAAAGAAUAAACCAUGGCCAAACCUUGUUGUAGAAGUAGCAUUUUCAGAGUCUGUUGGUCAUGUCAAGGAAAAGGCAUGGAAUUACUGGUUACAUAACAAUCAUGUCCAUGAUGUAAUUGUUGUUAAGAUUGAUUAUGUCCCCAAAGAUCAAAUUCCUCAGCAUAUGAAAGUAUGGCAUUAUUGUGUAUCAGGUACAUAUGUGCAACAAAAGCUUAAACCUAUAAACAAGUUUGAAUUUGGUACACAUGAUGAAAAUGGGAAUUCAUUAAAUUACCUACAAGGCACACAUGUGAUUAGAAUUCCAUUAGAUUGUUUAUAUUACAAUGUAGAACCCUCUAUUCAAAUUCCUAAAAGUAUUUUACCAGAUCCUAUUUUACUUGAUUUCUUUUCUGUUAGGCAAGCAAUCCUCAGAACAUUUGGUAAAGUGUCUUGA